CGAAGUUUAAUUGGGAUCCUGAAACGGUUGGCAUGAUCCAUGGCUCUUUUUUCUGGGGAUACAUCAUCACCCAAAUCCCCGGCGGGUACAUCUCCUCCCGGCUGGCAGCGAACAGAGUAUUUGGUGCUGCUAUACUGCUGACAUCCUCCCUCAACAUGUUAAUACCGUCUGCAGCCAGGGUGCACUAUGGGUGUGUCAUCUUUGUUAGGAUCUUGCAGGGCCUUGUAGAGGGGGUCACCUACCCUGCCUGCCACGGUAUUUGGAGCAAGUGGGCCCCUCCGUUAGAAAGAAGUAGGUUAGCAACCACUUCCUUUUGUGGUUCCUAUGCAGGAGCUGUUAUUGCAAUGCCUUUAGCUGGAAUUCUAGUGCAAUAUACUGGGUGGUCUUCUGUGUUCUAUGUGUAUGGGAGCUUUGGUAUAGUCUGGUACAUGUUUUGGCUUUUGGUUUCAUAUGAGAGUCCUGCAAAGCAUCCUACUAUCACAGAUGAAGAAAGGAGAUACAUAGAAGAAAGCAUUGGAGAGAGUGCCAAUCUCCUAGGUGCAAUGGAAAAAUAUAAAACUCCAUGGAGAAAAUUUUUUACAUCUAUGCCAGUCUAUGCAAUAAUUGUUGCAAACUUCUGUAGAAGCUGGACUUUUUACUUGCUGCUUAUUAGUCAGCCUGCUUACUUUGAGGAAGUGUUUGGAUUUGAGAUAAGCAAGGUGGGUAUCUUAUCUGCUGUGCCGCAUUUAGUGAUGACAAUUAUUGUUCCUAUUGGGGGACAAAUUGCAGACUUUUUAAGAAGCAAGCAGAUUCUUUCAACCACUACUGUGAGAAAGAUCAUGAACUGUGGAGGUUUUGGUAUGGAAGCAACUCUUCUUCUCGUGGUGGGAUAUUCUCACAGUAAAGGAGUGGCUAUUUCAUUCUUAGUGCUUGCUGUGGGCUUUAGUGGGUUCGCCAUAUCUGGAUUCAAUGUCAACCACUUAGACAUUGCCCCAAGGUACGCCAGCAUCUUAAUGGGGAUUUCUAAUGGAGUCGGGACCUUGUCUGGAAUGGUUUGCCCUAUAAUUGUCGGAGCAAUGACAAAGAACAAGACACGUGAAGAGUGGCAGUAUGUCUUCCUCAUUGCUGCUUUAGUUCAUUAUGGAGGUGUUAUCUUCUAUGGCAUAUUUGCUUCAGGAGAGAAACAACCCUGGGCAGACCCUGAACAGACAAGUGAAGAGAAAUGUGGCUUUAUUCAUGAAGAUGAACUUGCUGAAGAGACAGGGGACAUUACUCAGAAUUAUGUAAAUUAUGGUACCACCAAGUCUUAUGGUGCUACAACCCAGGUCAACGGUGGCUGGCCUAAUGGUUGGGAGAAAAAAGAGGAAUUUGUACAAGAGGAAGUACAAGACUCAUACAACUACAAGGAAGGAGAUUAUUCAUAACAAACCUAAAUAUUGGGUAUAUUUUGUAGUGUUUGUGAUUAAAUUCAUUGUGAUUGUUUGCACACAGAAAUAAAAUGUGGUAUAAACAUGUAAACACAUAUCAAACAGGAAGGUCUUACUGUAAAAAAAAUCCAUUAAAGUGCAAUCUGUAUGAGUUGUGACAUGUCAUCACUUUCAUUAGGUUAUAUUUGUUCUAUAAACAUUAGAGUUUUAAGGGUUUACUGGUCAAAACUAUAGAGGCAAUUAGAUACUUACAGUAUACAAGAGCUAAAACUCAUAACUAAGGAUUAAAGCACAACUAAGCAACCAAGUUGGCACAUCUAAUGCUCUUUUUAGAAAGCCAAAAUUACUUGAUCAUUAAAAAUGCACUUAUAUAUUUGUUACACUGUAUUGAAAGAGAUUGUGUUAAAUACACACGUUUACUCAGUGCAAUGUAGGAAUUGUGUGUUUAGUCUAAGACAAGAGCUUUCUUAAAGAAGAAAGGUUGAGUCCUAGGCAUUUACAGAGGAUUGAUCCAGUUCCUUUAAUGGUAAUUGUAUCAAGCCUAAAGAACAAAUAGGGCAUAUUGUAUGUUUAUUGUGAUUACAUGCUGCAGGCUACUCUGUGAUGAAUAAAGGAAUUAUUUAGGAGUUUUAUACUGAAUGUUUGGGCACAAAUUCUUAUUUCUGUUCUUUACAGAAUCUUAUGAAAUUAUAGGCACUGUCAUGUUCUUCCCUGCAUUUAUCAACUAAUAUAAAACCAAUGUAUAAUGUUAAGUCUGACUUUUCAUGCAGACUGUCAAAUCCCUUUAUCAAAAACCAAGCUUUAUUAUUCUUUUCUUUGCAGUAUAUUCCAACUUUGUACUGAUGUCUUUAGAGAGAGAAAAAAACAAUAUAACCUAGAAAAAGAUAUAGUAUUUUACAAAAUUCCAAAGAGAAAUUUACUAUGAGCAAGUAGCCCUAUGAAAAAGGAUGUAUUUGUUUUGCAGAAUAUUUUGAAGCCAAUAGAAGAAACAGAGAAUAAUUUAACCCUUAUUCUUCCCUUAAUAGCGUUCAUAUUUUUACACAUCAUGCCACAAUUGUAUACAUAGAUAGAAGUUUAUUGAAGAUACUGUAAUUAUAGAAAAUGUUGCUAUUUUAGAAAUCCCUGAAAUAAAAAAAAUGUAUUUGUCUUUCAAUUAAACCUAAUAAAAAUGGACACUGAAUAUAAGUAACAUAUAAACUCACAAUAAACCAAAGUGGCAAACAACUAGUGUUGGGUUGAAAGAAGCCAACAAGCAUCACGCUUGUCUUUUUAGCAUAACUCAACAGUGACUGCAACAUUAGUGUACCAAGCAAUAAGUGCAAUGCAUUAUGAAGUGCAUAAUCUAGACUAUAUAUUAACCUUCAUUUAGCUUGUUGUAUAUAUUUGGGGUUGUUGGGAUCAAACCAAACUGAACCAAACUGAAGUUAGCAACACCAGACCACUUCUUAAUACUCUAAAAUGACAACAAUGAUCCAUUUCUUAAUUCAAUCAAAUGGUUAUUAUUGUAUGUAAUAAUCCAUUCUGGAUUCUUGGUCUGUUCCUUGUAUUGUGCUAGUGAUUGGAAACCCUGCUACCGCAAUAUACAACUUGAGGAUUGUUUCUUUUCCUUUUUAUUUUUUUUUUUUUUUAAAUGUAAAUCAUACCUUGACCUUAAGAAAAAAAUAUUUUGCUUUGUGCCUCAAAGUGAUGUAAAAUGUGACCAUAGCUUUUGCUGUGUUUUAUGAAAAAGAUGUGGACUGUGUCACUUUUGUUGCUGCAAAAAGUGUUAAUAAAAUGCUCUAUUUAUCCUUUUAUAUAAAAAA